UAAAGAGAAAAAAAAAAUAUUUCUAAUAAUUUACAUUAAGUAAAUAUGUGAAAUUGUAUUAUUAAUUGAGCUUGCUUGAAAGAAAGCCUACUAAUUGGGCCAGUAAUUGUAAGUGGUUUACCCUAAGGCUACUUAUCAACCACAACAUAACAACAUUUUUCAGGCUAAAAAUCCUUGAGUCUAAAUAGGUGUGUGUGAUCUAGUUGUGAUUAUGAUUUGAGCCCACAAUACAACCAUUCCGAUGGUAGUUGAGCUAUAUAUCCUUCAUUGGAACUACUUGACAUUAAUUACAAAAAAUAAAUAAAUAAAUAAAACUCUUCUCAAUAAUAUAUUCCAGCUUUUCAUUCAAGUUUAUAUAAUACAUUAUUUAUUUUAUUAUAUAUAGUUUCACCAUUCCUAUGGUUUAGCUAGGUAUACUUCCAACUCUCUUUCUCAAAAACCUUCCUAAAUCAAACUAUUCUCAAACGUGUAAGGCUUUGAUUUCAAUUUCAACUUUUUGUUGGAGUAUUUAUAGUUGAGCUUCUUAUACACUGCAAAAGUACCUUUUUUUCAUUUUUUUUUCUCUCUUUAUAAAUUUAAACACACACAAAAUUGUACAAUAACAGCUCAUUAUAGGUUGGGAAAAAUUAAAAAGAAACAAUGAAUAACAGUAUAGACAUGGAUAAGGAGAGAUUGACGGCGGAGAUGGCUUUUACAGACUCUUCAUCGGCCGUAAUUAGAAUCCGGCGACGGUUGCCGGAUUUUUUACAGUCUGUUAAACUAAAGUACGUCAGACUUGGUUAUGGCUAUUCAUGCAACGCAGCUACUGUUCUGAUGUCUCUUGUUGUAAUUCCCCUCGUAGUAUCUGUAAUCAUUCAACUCACCGGUCUGAAACUUGACCGAAUUCCUGAAAUUUGGACGAACCAAGCGUUUGGGCUCGAAAGCAAGGACGCCGCCACCAGACUGGCCGGCUCAGCCUUCUUGCUCUUCCUACUGGCCUUGUACUUGACCAAGAGGGCCAGACCGGUUUACCUUGUGGACUUCGCGUGUUACAAACCUGGCGACGAGCAUAAAAUGUCAGUAGAGACAUUCUUGAAGAGGUCGGAACAGAGCGGUUCUUUCACUGAUGAAACGCUCCAUUAUCAGAAGAGAAUCUCGACAAGGUCCGGCCUUGGAGAUGAGACUUACUUCCCCCGUGGAAUUACGUCUAGCCCACCAAAUCUAAACAUGGAAGAAGCUCGGUUCGAGGCUGAGACUGUCAUGUUCGGCGCCUUAGAUUCACUCUUCGCCAAAACAGGGGUUAAACCCAGAGACAUCGGAAUACUAAUAGUCAAUUGCAGUUUGUUUAACCCAACACCUUCCUUGUCCGCCAUGAUUGUCAAUCAUUACAAGCUCCGCACGGACAUUAAAAGCUACAAUCUUGGGGGAAUGGGGUGUAGUGCUGGCCUAAUUUCAGUUGACCUCGCUAAGGAUUUACUUAGAGCGAACCCAAAUACUUACGCCGUUGUGGUCAGUACAGAGAAUAUUACCCUCAAUUGGUACUUUGGAAACGACCGUUCUAUGCUUCUCUGUAACUGUAUUUUCAGAAUGGGCGGCGCCGCCGUGCUCCUCUCGAACAAGUCCGGGGACAAAGCCCGGUCCAAGUAUGUUCUGUCCCACACAGUGCGGACCCACAAAGGAGCCGAUGACAGAAACUACAACUGCGUUUUCCAGAGAGAAGACGAAAAAGGAUUUGUUGGGGUUUCUCUGGCUCGUGAGCUUAUGGCGGUGGCCGGAGAGGCAUUGAAGACGAACAUCACCACUUUGGGUCCUCUUGUUCUGCCAUUGACAGAACAGUUUCUUUUCUUCAUGACCCUGAUCAGAAGGAAGCUAUUUAACUCCAAGGUGAAGCCGUACAUACCGGAUUUCAAGUUGGCUUUCGAGCAUUUCUGCAUUCACGCCGGCGGGAGGGCCGUACUGGACGAGUUGCAAAAGAACAUGCAACUCAGUGAGUGGCACAUGGAACCCUCGAGGAUGACACUCCACCGAUUUGGGAACACGUCCAGUAGCUCGCUCUGGUACGAACUGGCCUACACAGAGGCAAAGGGUCGGGUUUCCAGGGGCGAUCGGGUCUGGCAGAUCGCUUUCGGGUCGGGUUUCAAAUGUAACAGUGCCGUUUGGAAAGCCCUCAGGGCCAUUCCCGCCGGACAAAGUACUGGGAAUCCAUGGAAUGACUCGAUUGACCGGUACCCGGUUAAAGUACUUACUGGUUAGGGAUGUCCACGUGGCCAAAUGUAAGUGGUCGAGGAUUGUCCACGAGUGAAAUAUUAUUAUUUUUAAUUUAGUGGUCGUGUUUUUUAGAAUCCUGAAAUUACUAUUUUACAAUUAAUGGAUCAAUUACUUUUGUCUUUGCUAUACUAUGUAUAAUGUAUAUCAGCUGACAAAAAAUAUAUUAAUAUAUGUAUAUCACCAUCUAUUUUCAUUUU